GUCUGGGGGCGGGGGGCCGACCUGCAGGGUUCUCCCUCAAGAGGCUAGUCCUCUGCCGCCACUCGCUUAGGACCCUGCGGACACCGCGUCCCGCGUCCACGCCCUCCCCUCAACCCUCUUCCACCCUUCAAAAGAAGGACUGUCCCAGACACCACGUCCUAGGGCCAGAAGACCUGCCCCCACGACAGUCGCUGGAGACACCCCAGACCGGAGAGACUGACAUCGGGACAGGACCCGCCCCUCUGCUUCCACCUCUCAGGGACCUCCUCUGCUCCGCCGCCGGGCGAAGUGCUGGGAGACCCAGCCGCCUGUCGCGCUCCUGCAGGGGGACCCUCAGCUAGGCAGCCAGCUGGCGCCCGCGUAGAUGGCGAGGAGCCCCCAAGGCCUCCUGAUGCUGCUGCUGCUACACUACUUGAUCGUCGCCCUGGACUAUCAUAAGGCAAAUGGGUUUUCUGCAUCAAAAGACCACCGUCAAGAAGUCACAGUAAUAGAGUUCCAAGAGGCUAUUUUGGCUUGUAAAACCCCAAAGAAGACUACCUCCUCCAGACUGGAGUGGAAGAAGGUGGGACAGGGGGUCUCCUUGGUCUACUACCAACAGGCUCUCCAAGGUGACUUUAAAGACCGUGCUGAGAUGAUAGAUUUCAAUAUACGAAUCAAAAAUGUUACAAGAAGUGAUGCUGGAGAGUAUCGCUGUGAAGUCAGCGCUCCGACUGAGCAAGGCCAGAACCUGCAGGAAGAUAAAGUCAUGCUAGAAGUACUAGUGGCUCCUGCUGUUCCUGCCUGUGAAGUGCCCACUUCUGUUAUGACUGGAAGUGUGGUGGAGCUACGAUGCCAGGAUAAAGAAGGAAACCCAGCUCCGGAGUACAUCUGGUUUAAAGAUGGCACAAGUUUGCUAGGGAAUCCAAAAGGCGGCACACACAACAACAGCUCGUACACAAUGAACACGAAGUCUGGAAUUCUGCAAUUCAACAUGAUUUCCAAGAUGGACAGUGGAGAGUAUUACUGCGAAGCCCGGAACUCUGUCGGACACCGCAGGUGCCCUGGGAAGCGAAUGCAAGUAGAUGUUCUCAACAUAAGCGGCAUCAUAGCAACGGUUGUGGUGGUGGCCUUCGUGAUUUCUGUAUGUGGCCUUGGCACAUGCUAUGCUCAGAGGAAAGGCUACUUUUCAAAAGAAACUUCCUUCCAGAAGGGCAGUCCUGCAUCUAAAGUCACUACGAUGAGCGAAAAUGAUUUCAAGCACACAAAAUCCUUUAUAAUUUAAAAGAAUUCCAGUUUUGAGCUGCACCAAAACCAGUUGUCACAUGUUAUUAAAAUAUUGUAAAACUCUGUGUCUUACACUUGCAAAGUGAUGAAGAAAUAUGAAAGUGGGAGUUCAUCAGAAGUUUUAUGAUCUCUAACUCACAAGAAAUAUUUUAAGCAAAAUGUUCUUGCCAUCACUAAAUUACAACCUGGCAUCUUGUGUCUGACCUAAAGUGAAAUGUCUGGUAAUAUUCUGAGUUUUUGAAGUGCAAAUGAAUGUCAGUUUGGAGUUGACUAUAUCACACUGACUGUAAGGCUAAUCCAAGAAGCAAGAAUAUACUCCAUGUGUUCUCUCCAUGCAAGAAUGGCUUAUGUGUUCAGGAAAUACUCUAACGAAUGGAAACCCUGUUCACAAAAUUCCUACCAGAAUCCUCUUCUUACCUCUAAAUAACUUGGGUUCCAUUGUCCUGUGUCUCUAUAUCCCAGGGCUGGGUCUUACGUCUAAGGAUUUGCACUUUAUAUUUUCUUUCACUUCUCAGAACCAAAAGCAGCAUGAAGGGAGCUGCUACUGCCAUUUCCUUGGAGGCUUUUGGAGAGGCUCAGCGACCUGGACAUUAGAAUGCAUUACUAGAGCCUACACAACUCCACAGACACCCUUUUUGUGCUUGAGUGGUGACCUGUUAUCUGUCUCUAAAAGCAAUUCUGAACUGGGCUAGUUCCUCCCCGGUGAAGAUGAAGGGUUCCCAGUCAGCUUAUGAUGGAACAGGGGCACAGGGGAGAGAAGCAUUUGCCCCAUAAGGCAAAGGUAGAUGAACAAGCUCAUUUUGACUCUUGAUCCAGCAAAGGCACAGGAGAAACCAUAGCUGAAAUGAGAUGGGUCUAAUGUCUUCUGAACUGGUUAUCCACAAAGGCCACCAACCAGCUAGUGUCAGAAUUGGAAAUUCCCAGGGCUCAGCAGGAAACCCAGUCCUGUUGGGGACUACUUUACCCAUAUUAAAACAAACAAACAAACAAACAAACAAACAUAAACGCAACCUGGGAUGUCUAGUUCUGGGUAAAUAAGCAUGAAAGGUCAUUUACUCCCUCUAUCAGCUUUGAACAUGGUCAAGUUGGCUUUGCACCCAAAAGGCAAGGCAGAUUCUCAGGAUUUGCAAACAGGGCAAGUGGUCAGAGAGUGCCUGGUAUUGAUCUGGUCACAGGGGCGAUGCCCACUGCCAUAAUCUUCCCCUUUAACUUUGUGGCCUUGAGUCCUUCCUAACCAGUAGACACCUUUCCAAAGGGCUGACUUGUGUAAAAUGGCUCAGCCCUCAAGCUCAGAUUCACACUUGAGCUAGCAAGCUACAAGGAACGAGACAGUACAUAAUUCAACCCACAUGGUUCUUGUUACAACCACUUAAUGUAGAGUACAGGUAAGUGUGCCCACAGAUCCAAGCUCCUUGCCCCUGGUAGCCAACAAACACCUGUGGUGUAUAAGAAAUCAGGGUAAAUGUUGCCUAGGCUGGGACUAUGAGCUCUGCUUUGAUAGGAGGACUGCUAUCCUUCUGCAGUGCCAAGCAGACAGCUCUCAAGGAUGCCUCUUCAGGCCCACAUGCCUCUUCAGGCCCACAUAGCAUCACAAGGCCCCUGCAUCAAUUUAAACGACACAAUCCACCCCAUGAGAGGACAGUUACGUAGUGCCUUACCUUCACUAACACAUGAGAAGCUUCCUUGUAAGACACUGAAGCCUAAAGGUUCACUUUAUGCGGUGCGAACAUCUAACAAAGUCUGUGCCAAACACCUAUUAUACAUUCUUAGCUAAGCUACUGUAUACAGCCAUGCAGAAAUCAUUGUAUUAAGAAUGCUUUCUUCUACACAAAGGACCUAACUGCACACUAAUCUUCUAGUUAUUAAGUCUAUCCGGGAGUCACUGCCAUGAAGACCUGUCUGUCUGCUGUUUUCUGUGACUUGAACUCUAACAAUGUGUCAAAAUCUAAUUGUAGUGUCUAGAUGUUGAUUUUAUUUUUCCCGCAGUCAAAGUGCAGUAAGGGUCUAGAAACUAUGUGAGCGAGUUUUGUUUUGGUACUGUUGCUGUUGUAACUAGAUCCAGCUCAUUUUUGGUCGGGAUAGGGGUUAACUCACUCAAGCACUAAGGCUGCAUGUUUGUUUUCCAAUACAACUUUACAAAGAACUUCCUUCACUCUACAACUCACUUUGUUUGAUUAAAGUUCACGCUACAAAAAUAGCUAUGCACAGCUCAACGUUUUAGUCUCAUUCACCGGAGGGGGAAGUCACUCACCUAUUGUUCAAUAACCCAGGAAACUCCUCCCUCCCUUCCACCUGCUGCUGUGAGGCAGCUCUAGCAGUUUAAAAUCAAGUUUCACUUGUCUCUACGCUUGGAUCCCGGCCAACUUCUAAAGUCAGAGAACACAGAGGGUAAACUACUUACUGGCUGUUUUGUGUAUGGCAGAGGUGGGGUUGAGGGAGUGCCAAAUCUCCCUCCUCUUCCAAGACCUUGUGAAGAAGAGCCUGCGGUGACCGCUUGCUUUGCAGUGCUGUGUUACUGGAGGAGCUGAACACAGCCACCAGAUCCACAGCUCACACUUUCUUCACCCACCCCCAUCCACCAUGGUCCCCAAACCUAUCUUUGUCAAACUUUAGCAUUUAAAAAGAAAGAUGCAACAGAAUUUUAUACACAACCAACCCAGGACCCACUUUUUGUUUGUUGCCUUAUUCAGCAAACUGAACUAUGUUUGUCUUUACAAUUUAUUCUGCCCUUUUGUAUACAUUUGUACUACUUCCCCAUCCAUUAGUCCUCAUCACAAGCUAUGGAAAUUCUAUUUACUCCUGAAAGAGCAAAUUCAACUCUCUGUGGGACUUCUCCCAUUUUCCAGCUGUGAGUUUUGUCUCUGAAUUCUGAUGGCAUCUGAUUCUUUUGUGAUAUUUAUUGACUUCUGUGUUACAGUACCGGUAGGUAUGUAUAUGUCUGACAUCUCUACCAACCUGAAACCCUGAGAAAAGACCCAUGUUGUACAGGUCUUCAUAAACCCUAAGGUAUUUAAGAGUAUCUGAAAAUGGUCAAUACCUGUGAAACACAAAGAUAUUAAAUAUAAACAUCUACUUAGGAAUUAAUAAAACAUUGUAUUCUGAUACAACUCAUUUAUGGUCUAUGAAUUAUUACUACAUGAACUAAGGAUAGACAAAAAUUAUUUUCCCUUUUAGCAAUUAGUUGUCCAUUUCCACACAAUUCAUUUUUAUGCAUGGGUGGUUUACCUCCAUGUGUUUGUACUACAUGCGAACCUGGUACCCCUAGACAUCAGGAGAGGAACUCAGACUCCCUGGAAAUGGAGCCCCAGAUGGUUGUAAGCUGCCGUCUAAGUGCUGGAAGCAAACUCAAGUCCUCUGGAAGAGCAGAUUGCUAACCAUGAAGGCAUCUCUCCAGCCUUAUCCACACAAUUCUUAAAUAUUUUUCAUCUCUUGUUUCUUGUUCAGUUAAGAUUUGGAACAUUUUAGCUGUAAUAACUGGUAAAGAAAUUUAUGGUGAACUAUCAUUGGUUGGUUUUAUUUUACUUCCUCAAAUUUGAAGAAAUAAAAACAAACAAAAAAA